CUUUUUUUCUCUUUAUCUAUCUAUAUUAUUCGUACUCACCAUUCCUAGAUUUUUCUUGAAUUUCUUGCCCACAUCUCCACCCUUAUCCUCGUUUUCUGCCACUGAAAAUAAUCAUGGAGUCCUUUUUAUGGUUGAGUCAGUUGUUGUAGUUCCUUUUCUUUUAAUCGUCAGCAUCAGUCUAUAUAGAUACAUCUUGUGGCCAAGCCCACUCUACAAAAUUCAUGAGAAGAGUAGUAUUUUAUCAAGAUCUGUAUGCAUGAUCUGGGUUUAGACUUGGUCUUUUACAAUCUCUGUUCUUCAGCUAGGAUUUGAUUGUAAUUAGUCUGUGUUCUCAGCCUUGUAGAAAUCAUGAUGUUGGUCUUUAAAUUUUUAGCAAAUAGUUUUGUUUGAUUGUCAUGAGUUUGUGCUUUAAAUAGAUUGUAUUGUGGAGCAGAAAAUGAAAUUAUUAUGCUGGCUUUUAAAUUUUUAGCUCAUAGUUUGGUUUGAUUGUCAUUAGUUUGUGUUUUGAAUAGAUUAUUUUUUUUUUGAGUUGUAGUUUAGUUUUUUUUGGAAGCCAUAGAGUCUGCAAAUUCAAGUGAUCAUGUUGCAGUCCCAGGCUCCUUUUUUGGGUCGAUCAAGCUGGGAGGAGAGUUUGUGCACAGAGGAUAAAGAUAUUGGCUGUUUGCAGCUCGCCCUCCCUUCCAAUGGCUUUGUGCCUGCAGUAGAAAAUUACACAUUUGCAGAAAGAAGAGAGUGUAACAAGGUUAAUAUGAUCUCUAUGGCCUGGGACUCUGUUCAUGGCAGCCAGUUGGGUCACAGUUUUAUGGACAAAACUGAUGAUGAUAUGUCUCUUGUUAAUGAAGAUACUAGUCUGAAUUCAGGUCCUCAUCAGACUGAUUAUAUUUCUUCUUCUACUGUUGCUGUUGCUGCUGCUGCUUCUUCUUCUCAGUUUCAGUUCAAUGAUCACUAUGCUUGUUUGGGGUCUGAAGAGGAGAGCAACUGGUCACCUAAAGGUGCCCUAAUAAAUACUAGAGCUUAUUAUGAUGCUAAUGGGCUUCAGCCUGAUGAGAGAUCAUCAGUUGGUCUUGUGCUUAGCUUGAGCAGAGAUUAUCCAGAGGAAGCAGCUGCAGUUAGAGAGACUAGUAGCUGGAUUGGUUCUGCUUCUCAGGAUCACAACCAGUGGCCACCAGAAAUAGCAGCAAAAAAAUCCGAAGCUAAGAAUUGUAGCAGCCAUGAGAAUCAUCAAGCCCAAAAUUAUGGUGUGAUUACAGGCUCUCGCAAUGCAGCUAGAAUCUGUGUUGAUUGCAAGACUACCAAGACCCCUCUUUGGAGAAGCGGUCCUCAUGGACCUAAGUCCCUCUGCAACGCAUGUGGAAUACGGUACAGAAAGGCCAAAAGGGCGCUCUGUGCAUUUGGGUCUGGUGAUCACAUUGCAGCAUACAAAUCUAGAUUGCCCAAAAGAAAGCAAGAGAAGACUGAAGAUGAAGACUACAAGUUUGUGCAUCAUAAGAAAAGAAGCAGAAUGUCAAUUCCUUCAUGUAAGAAGAAUAAUAUCAAUGUCAAAUUUUCUGCAAAGCCCAGUCCACAUUCAUUCCAGAGAGUCUUUGCAGAAGAUGAGAAGGAAGCAGCAGUAUUGUUGAUGGCUCUCUCCUGUGGACUUGUUCAUCUAUGACAAACAAAACCAACAUUAGAUCUCUUUGCAUUUUCUCAGUUUUUAGGGUUGAUGUGAUGUUAGAAUGGAUGAAGCACUUUAUGUUACGUGCCUCCCUAUAAAGUUGUCUGUAUAGAGGAACAAAUAUACUCCGUUUGAUGAUUUGCAUAUGUUUGUAAUGUUAUAGACAAACAUAUACAAAUCCCUGUUGAGUUUCACUUUACAGUAGUGUUUUUUAGUGUCAGUAAUAUAUAAACUGGUUAUGAAAUUGUGGAACCAUUGUUUAUAUAUUGACAAAUUUUUCAUCUAUUGUCUUAUUGUUUGAGAACGAUAAGAGUUAGAGUUGGUGCAAUUUUGGAUUGUGGUUUAUCCUAUUUAUCAGUGUAUAAAUGGUUCACUGUAACACAAGCUUGUACCUCUGUGUUUUCUCACUUUUUGAGCAAUAAAAAUAAAAUUCUAUUGGUGUACAGUAUGCUCUU